AAGCAAAACAUUUCGAUGCUUCUGGCUUACAACCUGGACUCGAAGAUUUCAGAUGUGUUCUAAGCUUCCGGGAGUGAUAGCUGUUCAGGAUACUGAUGGAGACGAGAGCUCAGAAUGGCAGCGGGUUACAACCCUUGCUUCAAGGCCAGCAUGACACCGGGAGACAAUUCGGAGAUUCUGACCUGAGGGAUGUCUUAGCACAACAAGUUCACGUCUUGUCCUUGGAGCAGAUCAAGGCUAUCCGAAACACAAAUGAAUACACAGAACCUCCUACGGUGGCUCCCCGGCCAGGACUGAAGCCAGCACCACAUCCAGCGGUCCAGCACAAGAGCGAAAGGCCACAUGACUUGACGGAGCAACGUCAUCUGAACCGGCUUCAACAUCCCCAGGUCCAUGUUUCUUCUCGGCUACCACUCUCCCGUUCCAUCAGCACGGUCAGCAGCACUAGCUCCCGUGGUAGCACAAGGACAAGUACGAGUAGCAAUUCCUCCGAACAGAGACUUCUGGGGUCAUCCUUGGGGACAGUUGUUGAGGGGAUAAUACGAGUACAGCCGAAAUCGGAGCUGAAGUCUCGGGAGCUGAAACCCCCCAGCAAAGAAAAUUUGCAUAUGCAUGCUUACCGAUGUGAGGACUGUGGGAAAUGCAAGUGUAAGGAAUGCACUUAUCCACGGACUCUUCCAUCCUGUUGGAUCUGUGACAAGCAAUGUCUUUGCUCAGCCCAGAACAUGGUAGAUUACGGGACCUGUGUCUGCUGUGUGAAGGGGCUUUUCUACCACUGCUCCAAUGACGAUGAGGACAACUGUGCUGAUAACCCGUGUUCGUGUAGCCAGGCCCACUGUUGCACUCGGUGGUCCACCAUGGGGGUCGUGUCCCUUGUUCUGCCUUGCUUGUGGUGUUACCUGCCAGCCAAGGGUUGCCUUAAAUUGUGCCAGGGCUGUUACGACCAAGUUAACAGGCCAGGUUGUCGUUGUAAACAGUCCAACACGGUUUGCUGUAAAGUUCCCAAAGUCCCACCCAGGAAUAUUGACAAGCCAACAUAGCAUCACUAAUCGGGUAAUAAGGAUGACGAUAGAACAUCAAAUGGGGCCAGCU